GGGACGAGGAAUGGUGGGAUUCCGCGAACGGAAGGGCGGUGUGGAUGCCGGAGGAAAGUGAGAGGAAACGAAGAAACGAUGGCAGAAAACAGAACUUUGCUCCUCAACGGCCGUGAGUCAUCGUCGCGUGGCCACUUCCACCGACUUCAUUCAUCCUGGACGAAGAAAAGUCAUCGUCGCCGUUCCUGAUUCCAAAACGGGUGGCCAAUGGAGGAGCCACAGAAGCUGUUUCGUCUUCCCGGCACGAUCGAGGAGGAGGAGGAGAAGGAUAACGAGGACAGAAGGCAGCUGCAGGAGAAUCCGAACACGGCCGACUCACCCUUGCUCGAGCAGAGGAACACGGGAACCUUGUCCAGCCUGCCCAGAUACGUCACCCUGGUCAGGGUGAGCACCCAGAGCAGCAGCAUCGGUGGUGGCGUCGGUCGCCAGGAUUCUACCAGGAGUCGGUAUCGAGCAUGGCCAACGCGAAAGCUACGUCGUCGCGCCGUGCUGAAGAACGGGGACUGCAACGUGCUCCAAUCCCGUAUCUCUCGACGUUCCCUGCGCUUCCUACGCGACAUCUUCACGACCCUGGUGGACACCCAAUGGCGAUGGAUGCUGCUCUGCUUCAGCCUGAGCUUCGUCCUCUCGUGGCUCGGCUUCGCCGUGAUCUGGUGGCUGAUCGCGUUCAGCCACGGCGACUUCGAGGAACGCCACCUGCCGCCCUACCAGAUCGAGAACAACUGGACGCCCUGCGUGAACAACAUAUUCUCGUUCACGAGCUGCUUCCUGUUCAGCAUCGAGACCCAGCACACGAUCGGUUACGGGAGCCGAGGGACGACCGAGGAGUGCCCCGAGGCGAUCUUCGUCAUGUGCAUCCAGAGCAUCGUGGGCGUGAUGAUUCAGGCGUUCAUGGUUGGCAUAGUGUUCGCGAAGAUGAGCAGGCCGAAGCAGAGGACUCAAACGUUGCUGUUCUCGAGGAACGCGGUCAUCUGUCAAAGGGACGGUGAGCUGUGCUUGAUGUUCCGGGUGGGCGACAUGAGGAAGAGUCACAUAAUCGGGGCGGCGAUCAGGGCCCAGUUGAUCAGGUCGAGGACGACCAAGGAGGGGGAGGUGUUGUCGCAGAAUCAACAGGAGUUGGCGGUGGGCACGGACGGUCAGAACGGGAACCUGUUCUUCAUAUGGCCGACCACGAUCGUUCACAAAAUAAACGAGGACUCCCCGUUCUACAACAUGUCAGCGGAGGACAUGCUGACGGAGAGGUUCGAGAUCGUGGCCAUCCUCGAGGGGACGAUCGAGUCGACGGGGCAAACGACCCAGGCGAGAUCGAGCUAUCUUCCCCAGGAGAUCCUUUGGGGUCACAGGUUCGAGCCGAUGGUCACUUACUCGAAGGAGAGGCAGGGAUACGAGGUGGAUUACUCGUUGUUCAACAGCACAACGCAGGUGGGCACACCCCUGUGCUCGGGCAGGGAGCUCGCCGAAUUUUACAAGGCUCAGGAGGAGCUUCGUCACGGGAACGGUACGGUAAUAAUCGACGAGGAUUUCCUAACGGAGUCCUGUCAAGAGAGCCAGUGCCAUUGCGGUCAUCGCGCGACGAAUCACCACAAUCAUCAUCACAACCAUCAUCAUCCGAACCAUCAUCUCAACUACGUGGACAACUACGGCAGAAGCGAGACAAGCGUGGACGAGGCGAUCGUCGGUCGAAAUGCUUACAGAGACCCGACCUAUCACGGGCCACCAUUGGCCGCGAUCCGAAACGACAAUCCCCACUUCAAGAUCCUCGACUUGGAUCCGGACGGUAUCCAGGUGAUGGGCGAGAUCGAUCUUCAACACCUGCCCGACGCCGUGAACAAGGAGAUCUUGAAGAACAGCCGAGAGAUCAUCUUCGAAGAGCCGGAAACGUCGAGGGAGGGGAGCCCGUUGCUGAAAAAUUCGGCCGCGCGAAGAAACGCGGCGAAACACCUCCUCGACGAGGAGAGAAGAUCUUUGAACAGCUCGAGGAGGAGCCUCUAUCACAGGAAUAUACUGCGAGGAUGCUCGGACGAGGAGAAGAGGUCGUUGGACGGGUCAAGAAGGAACUUGCACGGAUCCAGGAAGUAUCUGUUGAUACCCAUCGAGAGCAAAGAGGGUGGCAACAACUUGUCGAAGCGGCAGACAGAGGGGAGAAAGACGAUCUGGCCGAGGGGGCAGUCGAGGGAGAUUCUCGGGGAGGCGGAAACGAGGAGAAGGGUGAACUCGAACGACGACAGAUUGAUGAUCGAGAUGGAGAAAUCCUCGAAAUCUCCCUCCCUCUCCGAUCCUAAUUUGUCUCCAUGCUCGAAGAAUGGACAAUCGCCUGUUCCACCGUUACAGAUCUCGUCUCCUGGGCCGAACGCGUCGCCCGAGUCCGGCUUCUACGAGGCGUCAUCAGCGCGGUGGAAUCCCAGCCCGGAAUACGCGAGGAAGCACCUCCGACUCGGCAACUGCGAGUCGGCGAACGCGAGGAACAGAAGGAGCUACGAGAACGCGCAGCUCCAGGACGUGAACGAGGUUCUUGUGGUGUCGAGGCCCAACAGCGACAACAGCGACAACUCGUUGGACAGCGAGGCGUCGGCCAAGAAUCCGGGGAACGACGGUGGCCCUCGUAGAUACGGCGAUACGAAGAAACAGCAGCCGAUCUCUUACACCAGCGUGUGAUCAGGGAAUUUCUCCCGGAGCAUCGAUUCCAAGUGUGAUCGAGUGCGUUGUCGAAUCGAAAACUUUUAGGGUUCGUUUUCCAAGAUACGUGGAAGAGGUGAUGGGCUUGCCUCCAACCCUCGAGCACCGGUUAAUUGAAAAAUUGGAAAGCUAUUGGUUGUAGCAGCAUACACUGCCCGGUUUUUCUUUGAUUCUUCUCCAAGAAAGGAAGAGUUUAUCACGAACGAUUCCUCGAAAUCGAGGGUUGGGGAAGUAGAGCAGGGAAAAGUGUGUGUUUCGUUCACAACGAUACAUUGCUCGUUUAAGACGCGUAGUAAUUUUUCCAAACUAUGCUGUAAGCGAAUUUAUAUAUAUACGAUAUUCUGUACGAAUAGUAAGUAAAUUAAGUAGAGGAUACGCACAAUUAUUUUCGCUAUUUUACAUCGAUUGUGUAAAUGACACGUUGAACCGCAGGUCGGUUACCGCGAAGCUUCCGUUAAUAACGAUGAGGAUCGAAAAGGAAGAAUCGAUCGAAUCGUUUCUAUCUAAUUUUUAGUGAAAUUAAUCCUUUAGAAGCGAAUUGUAAUUGACAAUAAUUUAAAUGACAAGGCUUUCGAACAAGGCUUCGUUAGAAUUACUAUCUAUUCUAAUAAUUAUUCGGAAUAUUCGUAAAAUUUGUACAAAAUGACGACGAAAAAAUUAAGUUUAAGCAUUUAAAGUCGGCAUAAAGUCGUUAGAUUUAGGUAUACACACACAAGUUCGCGUAAGAAAGAAAAAAGAAUAUAUAUAUAUAUAUAUUUUUGCAAUUUAAAAACGUACAAGAUGUCUCUGACUGAAGUCAUCGAUAAAUCGGCUAUACGUCCAUGCAUCCUUGUAAUAGAUUAAAUCGAAUAAAUAAACAUUUAUCAAUUCCAUUCUCCCGUUGAAUCCCUCGUUGACGAUCUACGAUAAAAUUAGAGAAGCCGAGAGAAACCAAUUUCGAAAAUUCUACGCGCCGUAUGCACUCUGAUUAGACGAAAAGUAGCCCGCCUGGUUACAAAGAAAGAGAGACAAGUGCCUUUACAUUACUUUCUACCUCCGCGGAGGAGGAAGACAACGUCGAGCUUUCACCAACGUCGAAUUAUUUUAAAUAUAAUAGCGUCGUUAAUAUUUAUCGCUUCCAUUCGUUUAUUAUUAAACAAUAGCGCGUCGUAUACGUACGAUAUAGAAAGGUUUUCAAUAAAAGACACACUGUCGAUCGUUAAAAUAGAUCGUUUCGAAAGUUUCGCAGCUACGUCUGAUUCGAUCGUGAUAUUACGUAGAUUUGGCGGAGAAAACUCGGCCUCGAGCGUUCUCCGGGGACAUGGAUACCUGCCAUCGUGACUUCUAGCGUAAAUUGUGAAAAUUUGUUAUUUGUGUGUAUAAUAAAGACACUUUCGAAAUCUAAA